AUGGCCAACUGGGCCACUGAAGGUUAUGCCAACAAUGGGGUGCCGCGGGAGGAGUAUGAAAUCCCUGUCAAAGUCUGCAUCAUUUUUCACCGCCUUCUACAAAGGCCUAGCCAUAGACAGGAAGCGGCCGUCCAUCCUUUUUGGGUUAUUUCCGAAGGAGCAACACGCUCUUGGGUCAAAUCCACCUUUUUCAACAUUGCCACCGAUCUCAAAUUUGUCUGGAUCACCAUCCAUCGGCGAUACGACUUAGAUCUCAAGACGAUUACCUGCCUGGAACUUUACCGCUUGUUUGCUUACAUUGGAGACGCAUUCAUGAGGAUCAACAAUGCACCGAAGCAUUCUGCCAGCCAAUGCCACCUUCUGCAUCGCGGACACUUCCCGCCUGAAAGUUCGGCCAUCCGCAAUACUCCUUCGUGCCCUUACGCCAGCCAAACAUCUCGGACGCUUUACGACUUCAAAGAACAUUCGGCUAACUGUGGUACUGCAGAUAUCGUAUUGCAUGGACCCUACACCAGGAAGAUCCGUGUCUUGUCGAUCGGUGCUGGUGUCACCGGAAUUAUGAAUGCUUAUCACAUACAAAAAUUUCUGCAGAACGUAGAACAUGUGAUUUAUGAGAAGAAUCCUGAUAUUGGAGGCACUUGGCUGGAAAACCGAUACCCAGGCUGCGCAUGUGAUAUUCCGAGUCAUGCAUACACCUAUCCUUUUGCUCUCAAUCCCGACUGGCCUCGUUUCUUUUCCUACUCACCCGAUAUCUGGAAAUAUCUCGAUAAGGUCUGCGAAGUAUGGGGUCUAAGAAAAUACAUGACCUUCAACACCGAGGUCAUCGGAUGCUAUUGGCAACAGGAGACGGGCGAAUGGCUUGUGAAACUCAAGCAGACGAAUCCUGAUGGAAGCACACGUCUCUUCGAAGAUAGGUGCCACAUGCUUCUCCAUGGCACCGGCAUUCUGAACAACUUCAAAUGGCCCAACAUUGAAGGCAUGGAGAAGUUCAAGGGGAAGAUCAUGCAUACGGCUCGAUGGCCCAAGGAUUACCAGGCCGAAGAAUGGAAGAAGGAUCGUGUCGCUGUCAUCGGGUCUGGAGCCUCCAGUAUUCAGACAGUACCAACUAUGCAGCCACAUGCCAAACAUAUCGAUGUUUUCGUCCGCACAGGUGUCUGGUUCGUGCAAAUUGCGAAUAACUUCGGUGCAAAUCAUGAAUACACGGACGAGCAGAAACAGGAGUUCCGUGAUCCGUACAAAAUCACGGAGCAUGCUAAAUCCAUCGAGGACCAAGUUAAUGGACUAUGGGGUUCCUUCUACAAGAACUCGAAAGCCCAAGAAGAGGGACAGGCCGCUUUGAAGGCUCGUAUGGCCGAGAUGAUUAAGGAUGAGAGAUUACUCAAAGGCUUCACCCCGACUUUCGGCAUUGGCUGUCGCAGAAUUACUCCUGGUGAUCCGUAUAUGGAGGCCAUUCAAAAACCCAAUGUCGACGUCCACUUCACGCCCGUCGAAAAGAUUGACGAAACAGGAGUUAUCGGUGGCGAUGGCAUCCACCGCGAAGUCGACACAAUCGUUUGUGCCACCGGUUUUGACGUGUCAUACCGUCCUCGCUUCCCAAUCGUCGGCCAGAACGGAGUCGAGCUGGCCGAUAAAUGGAAGCUCUGCCCCGAGGGCUACCUUGGCCUCGCGAUUCCCGAAUUUCCCAACUUUUUGACUUUCAUUGGACCUAACUGGCCCGUGGAGAAUGGCAGCGUCAUGGGCCCGCUGAUGUACGUCUCGUACUAUGCCCUGCAGAUGAUCAAGAAGCUCCAGUCCGAGUACAUUUGCAGCAUCACACCAAAGCAGGAUGUCACGGAUGCGUUCAAUGAACAUUGCCAGGAAUGGGUCAGACAUACUGUUUGGGUCGAAGAAUGUCGAUCAUGGUACAAGAAUAAUGAGACAGGUCGUGUGAAUGCUGUUUGGCCUGGCUCCUCUUUGCAUUACAUAGAAGCCAUCAAAACACCUCGCUAUGAGGACUUCGAAAUCGAAUAUCUUGGACCAGCCAAGAAGAACAUGUGGGCGUUCUUGGGUAUGGGCACUGUUCAGGCCUUGGUCAACAAAGAGGAUGUGUCGCCAUAUUUGAAUCCUGAGGCCAUUGAUCCAGAUUGGAUGAAGGCUGUGGGCAUGGACGCGAGCAAAUUGCACGAGACGAAGAUCAAGGAUCUGCAAGCCAAGCAUGAAGAGCAACUGGAGAAGAGCAAACAGAACGUGCAGAAGGUGGUUGUCUCGUAA